AAUGUCUUCUAUGCCAUAUGUAUCAUCCCUUCUCUCUUCCCAUUUCUUUUUCUUUCUUUUUUUUAUUAUUAAUAAAAUAUGAUUUUUUUUUUUCUUUUUAAUUGUUAUGAAAUAGCAAAAAAAAGGUUAAUGUCGCUCUCCCAAGUCCCAUCCCACGCCAUUUCUAUAUCAUAUACCGAUAUACGACAUAAGCACCACUCUCUUUCCAUCUUUCAACAUCUCCCUUGUUUUCAGAGCCAAAUUCCGAUCAUAUUACGAUGAGCUCCGAUACCCAACAACCACAUGAACGCAAUUCAUCGGCAACGUCAACGCCACCGUUGACAGAAGAGCUCAGUCGUACUGCAUUAGAAUUUCAAAAUCAAGAACAAGAAGAUGAAAAUAUUUUAGGUUUGACGAUCAAACUGACAUCGUCUGUUAGAGAAUUCAACAAUGGUGGCCAGGAUUUUGAGGAAGAAGACGAACCCAGAACUCCGACGUCUUCAGAUCAGAAAAUUCCGGUAACAACCACCUGUCCACCGGCACCCAGAAAACCUAAAACAGUUCCUAGAGGUAAUAAGAGAAAGACGCGGAGUUUCCAGAGAAUUUCGGUCGAUUUGAGAGUGGUUAUGAAUGCGAUGUUUGCUCCGGUCACCAUACCUGAUUAUAUGGCGGGAGAUCUUGGCACCGGCGAUCAUUCCAAGAAAGUCAAGAAAGCUAAUGUCGCCACCGGCUCGUGAAUUCAACCCUAACAACUUCUUAUCUUUCGUAUGUUAAUUAAUUGAUGAUUUUUUCAUUUA